CACAAUCUGAAGACGGCGUAUCUGCUUGCAAUCUGAAGACACUAGCAUGGAGAUCAAGCCAGCGGUGAUCCUUGUGGCCUGUUUGUUAUUCGGCAUCAGCAACAGAGGCAGUGCAGCAGGGUGCAGAACUUCAGAUAUUUUUGUCACCACAGAGGCCUACCCGGAUCCGGGAGGAAGGCUAGUGCAGUACGUGACACUGGUGAACAACUGCGCCAGGUGCACGCAGAAGAACGUAAAGCUGGCGUGCCCGGGGUUCAGCUCUUCCAUCGAGGUCUACCCGGACACUGCCAUCAAGCCGGAUGGCGACGGCAAGCUCUGCACCCUCUACGCCGGCCGCCCGGUUGGGCCUAAAGAGAAUGUCUUCUUCAACUACGAAUCAAAGACGCGGUUCAGCUUCCAGCCCGUCUCCUCCACCAUUGUUUGUUAGAUACUGCGAAUAAAUGAUAUCAUGGUCAUAUCAAAAAUAUGUUUCCAUGGCGACAAAAAAGAUAUUUCUGAAUAAAGUUCUUAGUUCUUA